AUGUCGUUUCCUGACAGACCGAUCGCUCACUUGCUGGGCUCGAAUGGACCCGUUCAUGCUGUCUCAUAUUCAGCAUCGCCAGGAACAUACAUCCUCACCGGUUCAGCGGACCGCAACAUCAGGCUCUACAACCCGGCAUCUCACAACCAGCCCCAGCGCUACGGCUCAGCCAUCAACAGCAGCAAGACGCCGGGAACCACCAAGCCCGCCGUCCCCGAAGCCCGCCUCAUUCAGACCUACACAGCCCACGGCUACGAGGUCCUCGACCUCUCCGUCUCCUCUGACAACGAGCGGUUCGCCUCCGUCGGCGGCGACCGCGCCGCCUUCCUCUGGGACGUCGCCACAGCCAAGACGAUCCGCCGCUUCGGCGGCAACGCGCACGGUCACACGGCGCGCGUCAACUGCGUCUCGUUCGCCGGCGACGGGGACUCACUCGUCAUUUCCGGGGGCUUCGACACGAGCGUGCGCGUAUGGGACGCCAAAUCCAACUCGGCAAAGCCCAUCCAGGUCUUGGACGAGGCCAAGGACGCCAUCACGGCGCUCGCGGUGAGGGACGCGGAGGUCACUGCGGGCAGCGUUGACGGGAGGGUGAGGAGCUACGAUGUCCGGAUGGGGCGUUGCGUGACGGAUGUCAUUGGGGCGAGCGUGACGAGUCUCAAGCUCACGCGGGACGGCAAAGCCAUGUUGGUCGGAUCGUUGGACAGCAAAAUCCGGCUGAUGGACCGGGAGAGCGGGACGUGCCUGAAGACGUACGCCGAUGACGGAUGGAGAAAUGAGGAGUUGCGCGUGCAGGCCGUCCUCGGUAGCAAGGAAAAAUAUGUCAUUGCAGGCGAUGAGCUUACAGCCGGCACGGGACCUUCGGGUUUGAACGGUGACGGCAAGAUAUGGGCGUGGGACCUCUUGACGGGCAAGCUGGUUGCAACGGUCCGGGUGCCGUGCCCAGAGGGCUUCGAGCCCAAGAAGAGAAUGCUAGGUAAAGAUGGCAAGGAGAAGGAGAGGAGCAACGUCAUCAGCUGCAUGGCCUGGAGGGCCGAUGGAUGGGGAGAUCAGUUCUGCGUCGGUGGCACGUCAGGGAUAGCUACUGUCUUUGGUUCACUCUAG